GUUCACCUCUUUGUUAUAUAGGUUAGCCUAACGCUGCACCUGCUGCUCGUCAGGCUGACUUAAGGUGGACUGAACCUUCAGGUAAACGUCUGAUAGAGACAUUAAUAAAAACAAGCCUCACGUGUUGUGUACUUUGAACUCCUGAACGUGAUUAAAUGAAUCCAGGUCAGGGUUGGGUCGAUCAAACUUUACUUUUAUGAUUCAGUCAUAAAGCAGUGAGGGUAUAAAACCUGGAGGAGACCGCAGGAGGACCAACAGAUCAGGAAAGAUGAAGCUCUCUGUGUUGAUGAUGUCGGCCCUGCUGGUUCUGAGUUCAGCCGCUCUGCAGGAAGAGGAGGAGGAGGGGGAGAACCCACCGCCUGAAGAAGACCUGGAAGACAGAGUCCCUGGAAUCACCGCUAACGGAUCCCUGCUGGCUCUCCUGACUCCUUCAGAGGUAGAGAAGAAAAAAUCAGGAAAGCCUCUUUCCUUCCGCUUUCCAGGGUCCUCUCUGAGAUGGCAGACCUCGUACGGUUCAGUCCUCCCCGGUGCUGUUAGGAUUUACAACAGCUACACCAGACGCAUCGACUACGUGUGCAAAGUCGGGUGUUCUUCAGGCUUCUUCAACCCGAGCAUGGGGGCUCGUUGCCGCUACCCCCUUUCAGGGAGAGAGCAGCUUGGGUACCCGUUUCAGAUGCUGGUGAACAAAGAUAACUUUGAGACCUUAGAAUGGAGGGGCGGUUCAUGGGGCGGUGUGCCUCGGCAUUCAGUCAAGACCUGCAUUGGACAGGACCUGUAUGUCGGGAGGAAUAGGUUUGGGCUUGGGAAGGUGCAUGUUAGACAUAAGGCCUUCUUCUUGCCCUGGAGGGGUCGCGAGAUAUGGUACAAGAGUUACCAGGUCCUGACCGUCAACUAAGACUUCUACUAAGAGCGGAUGCACAGUGUCAGAUACAACACAGAUGUUACAGUCACAGAGCAUCCUCCAGAGAUCAUGACACAGUCUACCAUCGUUAAUAAUGAGUGUCUCAAAGUACAGAAAACAUUAACACUCACAAAAACCUACCAGGAGGAGAGACGGUGGGACACCAGCAGAGCCACGACAUCUGGGAUCAGCAGCACCAUCACCGCCAACACCCCAUUCAUCGGGUCUUUAGGUAUCUCUCUCAGCACGGAGAAAACAAACCAGUUCUCCUCAGGGACCACCGUGACCAAGUCCGUCACUUCCUCUGUCUCCAUCAUGCAAACCAUCCCACCAAACCACUCCUGCAAGGUCAGCUUGGUGGGGCGCAGGUACGAGGCAGACAUCCCCUUCACGGCAAUCCUCACCCGCACGUACAGAGAUGGGAGGACCACAUGGGUGUCCAUCACUGGGACGUUCAAUGGUGUCAAUGUUGAUGACAUCCACUCUGUUGUGCCCUUAAAGACAGCGAGAGACACUUUUUAAGAUAUGUGAUGGUAGAAAUGUGGAAUAAUGAAUGUCAUUUAAAGAGCUGUAAAAAUGUAUUGUCCAAACUUUGUAAGUUUCAUCAAAUCUAAAUAUCCAAAAUCAGUUUGUUAACUCUGGAGGGUUUAGAGAAACCUGUGUGGAGAUAACGCUCUCACUUAAAACCACCUGAUGCAGAUCAUUUUGUACAGUUUUCUGUGUUCAUCUGUCCUCUGUUUUUUAUACUUUUUUAUUUCAUGUAUGUGUCAGAUUCUUUUCUGUUAUUGGACUCAUCUUUGUUAUAUUUGCCUGUUUGUUAAACCCUUGCUGCAUCUUUGUUGUUGUAGAUAACAUCCUCUUCUCUUUGCAUUUUAUGAAAAAGUCCAGAAAGAAGCCCUUAAAUCUUGACUGAUCACCAAACAGAGAAGCAAACUGAUGUUUUUUCUUUGCUAAGUAGCAGACAGUCAUUUUCUAAACAUGAUUUCUGUAUUUUCAUCCUGAUGAAAUGUUAGCCCUCAGUAGAAAUGAUUCAUACAUGUGCUGA